UGCUUCAUAUAUCCACUAUCCAGCAGAAGAUUCCCUAUCGUUACGGGGAACGUUCAGUCUUUGGACGACGCUCGUUCGGUUAAGAACGUUAGGGUUUUCAGUUGAGCCUAGGAUCAGGUAUCGGUUCAGUGUGUGGCUGGUUGUUUGCAUGUUUCCACGGAGAUAACAUUUUUGGAUACUGCUCAAACCGUCGUCCCCCUCAACCCCCCUUCACGGGAGUUUUUCCAUUGAGAACAAAAAGCUACCAAUUCAAGGUAUAUCUAGCAUUCACUUUUCACUCGAAAAAAUAAAACCAUCGAGAGAAAGCCGUUCGAUGGCAGUUUGUUGAUUGGUGCUGGCGUUGAACAACUGAAAGCCCACUGAAAGUGAUCAGCGGAGUGUGACGAGAGGCUUGUCCAGGAAGCGGGGAGUUUUUGUUAUUCCUCAGUAUAUCGAAGUUGUGGAGGCGGCCGUCGUCCGUUGUGUUCUUCGUUCUGGAGGCAGUUGAUUGAAUAAUUGCAUUUUUCGUUUGUCAGUCACGUCGAAUUUCCAGCGAAUUGGUGCGACACACUGUUUGGGUUAAAGAAGCGAUGAAUGGUUCUGAAACGGUGAUUCACAACUAGUUUGGAGUAUAGAAUAUUCUGCGGAAGAUUUGUGGCUACAAUUGUAACGCCUAUAUCUAUCGGAAAGCAUACAGCAAGAAGUCAAGAAGUGCAGUGGUUUGUGUGAUCUGGGUGAAGCGAUCAUUUGAUCGUACAGGUGUGCUGGAGUAUUGCCCGACUUGGUGGUUGUAGUGAGAGAUCCAAGUGCGAGAAGUGAACAUGAAGAUCAGCUCCAAGUGGUUUAGUGGUGGAGGUGGUGGAGGCCUGACAGGCUCCACCACUACAGCGUGUGCAGCACUGCUGUUGAUGGUGUUGACGACGAUGAUGACUCCGAUGGUUGCAUCCAGAACGCCGAUAGCAAUGACGCUAGAGGAACACAUCAGCAACGAUCCCGAUUUGUCACAGUUUUUCGAUUUGAUUGAACGGAAUCCAAUUGCGUCCUCGAAUUUAAAGCUACGAUCGUUGACCAUAUUCGCACCAACGAAUCAAGCGUUCCAGCGAUAUCUAGGCAACAAAACGUUGGUGCAGUAUCAUAUGUCGAAUGUGGCGACCACACUGGAACAACUGGGCCCAACGAUAACAUCGGAUUACGAUGGCAACCCGCCUAUUUACGUUACUCGAAAACGCCAACCCAAUGGCAGUGAGGAUGUUUAUGUCAAUAAUGCGAAAAUUAUUCGCAGCCGAUCCAACGUGCAGCUAUCGAAUCAGUACGGGAAGAAACAGGUGCUGCACAUAAUUGAUGACGUACUAACACCCUUGACGGUCAAUCCAUCAACCUCGUUCGAGAUAUACAAUCCCGACGCCUACCAGUUCAUCCUGCAUGCCGAAAAUAUGGACAUCAGUCAGCAUCGGAUUCGCUCGUUCCGACAUAAAAUGACAAUGGCCAAAAAGGAAGAUAUCUAUCGAGCAGUCGGUGGUCAUACCUUCUUGAUUCCGGUUGAAGAAGGUUUCAAGCCCCCACCGCGGCCAGACAUGAUUGAUCGUAAGGUGAUUGACGGUCACGUUAUACCGAAUCGUGUCAUUUUCACGGCCCCAGCACCUCUGGACGAUCCCUUAGAGACACUGGCGUUUGAAGAUAACCUCAAAGUGACGGUAACUUUCUUCAAACAAGGCGACGGCAAGAACGCUAAAGUUUACGUGCGCUCCAAUACAGUGAUCGGGGACUCGAAACAUGCGUCCGGUGCAGUGCUGGCGGAAAUAGUCAAAGCGAAUAUCCCCGUCCGAAACGGAGUGGUUCACCUAAUUCACCGCCCUCUGAUGGUGGUGGAUACAACCGUGCUACAGUUCUUGGAGCACUUUAAAACUCAUGACAUCGACAGUCAUGAAACAGAUGAUGAAUACUUAGGCAAACCCAGAAAGGAAAAGGAAGACGGACCAUUGUUCAAAUUUUAUGAAUUGAUUGCUGACUACGCACCGGAUUUCUUCAAAACGAUGAGCAACCUCCAGCAGAUGACUCUCUUUGCUCCCAGCAAUGAAGCCCUAAGCCAUCCGAUCGUGAAUAAUUUCAUCAGAAACUGCACAAACUUUACUAAAGGUCUCGAUGGGAAUGACCAUCCCUGUGGGAGCCGGGAAAAGCUACGGGAAAUUCUCAACCUGCAUCUGGUGCGCGACAGUAUCACGACCGACAAAAUCCGCAAGAACAAUCAAAACCAGAUCUAUCAGGUUCCAACCGGAGCCGACAAAAAGUUCCUGUACUUCAACAUCAUCACCAACCGAUACGAUCACAAUCAGACAAUCACUGUGGAAGGGGGAGGUGUCAACGCAACAAUCAUUUUGAGUGACAUUGCCGCCACCAACGGCUAUCUACACAUUAUCGAUCGCGUACUGGGAAUUCCAUACAUGACCGUCCAGGAGAAGAUUGAAACCGAUCCCAUGUUAAAUCUUACUUACCAGUUUGGGCGUCUCAACCAUUUCAACGAGCAGCUGAACAAAACCACCAAACGGUUCACCUACUUCAUACCACGCGACAAGGCGUGGAUGCAAUGGUUCCACGAUCAUCAGGGCGCAAACUUGAACGAUUUUCUGUUCGACAGAGAUCAGUCGAGAUCCGUGCUGGAACGUCAUCUGGUGGUGGCGGAUCGGGUGUUUACCAUGACGGAUCUGAAAAACAUGUCUAACGAUUCGCUCAUCCUGCCAACAGUCGGACCGCACAAUCUUCAGAUUCGGGUGAAAGAAGAAGAUCGGACCGAAGACGAUUACUCGAGUUCACUUCAGUCUGGAUUCUUCAUUCAAUGGAGAGAGACGAACAAGUGGAUUCCUGUUUUUCGACCAGAUGUCGAAUGUACGAAUGGUGUGAUCCACGUUAUCGAUGCCCCGCUAGUGCGAGACCACGACAUUACAACCAGCGGAAGCAGCAGUAGCAGCAUAAGUAGUUUUGUGACCACCAUGGUUAUCACGGUGGCAAACACGGUUCUACUGGCGGCUCUGGCUUUCCUCUAAGGACCUGUCAGCGGUAGAUAGGAGCUUCUCAACUUAGAUAUUUCAAAAAAAUCGUACCGAAAAACAAAAAGGCAGCAUCGAGUCACCCACUAGCUGCUACAAACGGACAGAGCAAAGUCAAACAUUAGAAUUAGUGAAAUAUUUUCGUUUAUUUUCCCAUAGUCGGAACAAAUCCACAGCCAGCACGGAUGCAGCAAAGCAGAAAGAACGUUAGACCAACAUUAGAUGAUGAUGGAUUAUUUUCUAGCUAGUCACAUCUAUUCAAAGAAAAUCUUGACUGGAAAUAUUUUCUUUCCAUACUGCACACAGUAGAAUUGUACCACUGCUCAGACACAGUGGCCCAAGAAGAUUAGUUUUCAAAUUUAGAGAUUUUAUGUGUUUUACCAAAAGCAUCAAUUGAAUAUUCUCAACAAGUUUCGUCGAACUGAAGUUUUCCCAUUUCAACCACUGUGUGACGACGAAAUGGAAAGAAAAACAUUUUCCCUCUUGGUGGGAUUAUUUUUUGCUGUCGGCAUUCCAACGUAUCUUUUCAGAAGCAGCAGCAGCAUCCCCGCCUGCAGCAUCGGUACCACUUUUAUCGGAACGCUGCAAGGAAAAAAUGUAUUUUCUACCAAACGAGUGAACUAAGCUGUUCUACUUCGUUGGUCGUAUUUUCGAAAGGACUCAUUGUCCGUGUAUUUUAUUCUCAUCACCCGGGAAAGCAUCUCUCAAAUAUUUCCUUCAUAAUUAAACCGACCGCUGCUUCAAUAAAAUCACUCGUAGCACUGUUUUUGCGAUGAACCUCAAAUGAAGUUGCUCGACAGCUAUGUUUUCUCAUUAGAUAUCAGCUAAUUGAUGAGCUUCUGUAUGAAUCGAACAAAAAACAUGCAUUUGAUAAUUCAUUUAUUUGUAGCCUCUAAAACAAAGAAAUUAGAUUUUUCCCUGUUUUUCGUUUAGUCAAAAUGUCAUCAGAAGAAAAAAAACAAACUACUGCCGUUAUAUGAAACUCAAUCAGACGAACUAAGGACGAAACAGGAUUUUAAGCACGAUAGGUUUUGUAAAUUAGAAAAUGAUAAUAAGCAAACAAAUCAAUGGUCGUGCUAUUUACAUGCGUCUAUGCGAUCAUUAGACAUCUUUUAAGUGCUACUGACAUGCUUAUGAUUAGGUUGAAAAUAGUAUUUCGAGAAAAAAAAACGGUUUUAAUCUGUAAAGAUAUAUGAUUUAAAUAUAAUU